AUGGGCCUCGCAAGUGUUCUUCUCGCGACCGUUGUUGGCCUCGCCCAACUCAAUGAUAUGACAUUUGCCCAAUCUCCGACUUCCUCCAAGCCCAUCGAGGUUCCGACUGGAACACCCGUAAUUGGGGAUUACAAUGGACCCUACCGCCCCCAAGUUCACUUUUCUCCACCCGAACAUUUCAUGAACGAUCCAAAUGGCAUGUUUCGUGACGCCAAUGGCCUAUGGCAUUUAUACUACCAGUACAAUCCGACAGGCGUUGUCGCAGGCAAUCAACAUUGGGGACAUGCAACAUCCAAGGAUCUGUACCACUGGACAAAUCAGCCCAUAGCACUAUUUCCGCCCGAAGAUGACAUCUUCAUCUUUUCUGGAAGUGCGGUUGUUGACGUGAAUAACACCUCUGGGUUCUUCCCGGACCAAGACAACGGUGUUGUCGCAAUCUAUACUUUGGCAUCGCCCACGCUGCAGACUCAGGCCAUUGCCUAUUCUCGGGAUGGAGGUUACACUUUCACGCCGUACGCAAACAACCCCGUCAUCAAUAGCUCCACGCCGCAAUUCCGCGAUCCAAAGGUGAUUCGUUACGACAACUUAUGGGUCAUGGUGGUGGCUUAUCCUCAAGACUUCGCCAUCGGCAUCUUCACCUCGCCCAAUUUGAAGGAAUGGACGGCCACAAGUAACUUUUCCUAUCAUGGUCUUCUCGGUUUGCAGUACGAGUGUCCGAACAUGAUCCCUAUCCCGUAUCUGGACGAGGAAGGCGAAAGGCAGGAUGGCAUGUGGCUCAUGGCCAUCAGUAUCAACCCGGGCGCGCCCCUUGGAGGCUCUAUCACCGAGUAUCACCCCGGCACUUUUAACGGCACCCACUUCGAGGCCGUCGAUGCGGCCGCACGAAUUGCGGAUUUUGGCAAAGACAACUACGCUGGACAGUGGUUCUACGGUCUUUCAGAUGAUGAACUUCCUGUAUCCAUGGCUUGGGCGUCCAACUGGCAAUACACUGGGGUAGUUCCCACUGGUAAUGAAGGAUGGCGAAGUGCGAUGAGCCUUCCGCGGAAGAACUACCUGACCAAAGCGAAGCGCGUUGGUUGGAAACUGGUCUCACAACCCUAUGACUUGAGUCCAGUUCUGGGCCGCCAACUCGCCACCAAAGACAGCUUUGGCAACGGAACUCUGACCGUAGACUAUUCCGACGUCGAGUCGAACGCGCUGUAUUGGGAGGUGAACGUCACGGGUAUCCCAGAUACUGGCAUUUCGGCAACGGCGUCAAUGAAUUUUACGGUCCUAAGUUCGGUCACAGGUGAAUAUAUCAACGGCGGUUACUUCUUCGGUGGUGACCCUGUGUUUUUCGUUAACCGUAAUGGCGCACGGGGUUUUGACAACAUCUUUUUCACCGAGAGGACCUCUAUAAGUAGCCUACCGACAAAGCAAGGCACGUGGAGUCUCGCUGGCGUCAUUGAUCGGUCCAUCUUGGAGGUCUUUCUCAACGAUGGUGUUGACAGUGCAACAAACACGUUCUUUACUACGCAGCCAUUAUCACUUUUUGUGUUUAAAACGGUUGAUCUUCCAGAGAGCGUUCAGAUUAGUAUCAAGGUUCAUGGGUUGGAAAGUGCGUGGAAGGAUAUGGAAGACGAGGGUGACGGUCUAGUGCAUGGCAAUGAAACCUCAAGCAAGAGCAGUGUAUAG